AUGCCAUGUCUGGAAGCUGUUGGAGACGAAGAACACCUUGAAGCAGUCAGACUUUGCGACCUCAUUCUAACCCUGCAGGACCCUACAGGCGGGGCUGAAUGUGAGACUGUUGUGGGUUUUUGGUUGCUAAAAACAAGAGAGAAAGUGAUGAACAGCUACGGUCAGUGAAUUGUGCUGGGUUUGUUGCCCAUUUAAGCCUUUUGUAUCAGAAGAGGACACUUUUAAAAAUUCAUAGAAAGCCAUAUUUGCUUAAUCUUUAUUAUCUGCUGCAGAGUCAGUCUUUUUUCCCUACAGAAUUGAAUUAAUCAUCAUAUAUAUGUAACUACAAGCUAUUAAAUUAUCUGCUUUGACUGACUGCAUAAUGUUAUGAAUAUAGAGCUCUUUGCUGGGUUUUAUUAGGUCAUGUUUAAUACUGUAUGUUACAGCCUUGAUUCAAUCAACAUAUGCAAUAAACAGCAAAACUUGGUUCAGUAUAGACAAUAGUACAUCAUUAAUAAACUGGAGAGGUUAAUGUGUGUGAAAAUAUAAAAAUUAAUGAAUCUUUGUAUAUUUCUCAUAUGUGAUAAUUCACACUGAUGCUUCCACAUUCACUUGUUAAAUGUAUGAGCAAAUUUGCUGCAUUAGUGAGGCUGUGCGCUGUCACCUGUAAGAGCAUGUGCAAGGGUUAACACCUGUAUUAACUGUCUCCUUACCUGUUUACACACAUACACACUAUGGGCUGUGCCAUGUGCACCCAGCUGGUGGACAUGUGGACUGUGAGGUUGAGCAGGAGCAGCCGCAGGGCGAUGGAGCUCUCCACCUACCCACAGAUGCUGCAGGGGGGUUACCACAGAGUGACGGGCCUCCACUACAUGUCCUCCUUCUCUGA